GGGAUCGAAGGUCCAUAUUGGACAGCUCAUCAAACCAAAAUAAAAGUUGGUGGACGAGUGGUGUUGUUACAUUGUAACAGCCCAACAGGAUUUCCGAACCAAAGGCUUAGGACUGAUGAUGAUGGUAUGAUUGCUAUCUGAAAACCAUGAUUGGACCAGUUCUAUACUUCACCCUAAUUCUUCUCGCUGUUGUAUGUGCUGCCUUCCAGUAUGUGGCUCAUAGACUUCGUAGAGAUGCUUCUAUUGGCAACAAUCCAAUGUUUGUCAAGUUCCAGCGAGGCUAUUUCGCUGCCUACUUGAUGGCGAUGUUUGCUGACUGGCUCCAAGGUCCAUACCUGUACAAAUUAUACCAUCACUAUGGUUUUCAAGAGGAGCAAAUCGCCAUAUUGUAUGUGUUUGGAUUUGCUUCAACUGUCCUUUUGGGAACAUGGACACCAAUUGCUGCAGAUCAAUUUGGGCGAAAGAAGUUGUGCAUGUCUUUCACAGUUUUAUAUUCUGUGUCAUGCAUAUUGAAGCUGUCAACCAGUUAUGGGGUUCUACUGAUUGGCAGGAUUUUGGGUGGAAUUGCCACAUCAGUUUUAUUUUCUGCUUUUGAAGCGUGGUAUGUUCAUGAACAUAUUGAGACACAUGACUUUCCAAAAGAAUGGAUUGCAGUGACCUUCUCUAGAGCGUCAUUUUGGAAUGGUUUGUUGGCCAUUCUAGCAGGAUUUACGACAAAUGUCCUUUGCGACUGGAUGGGAUUUGGUCCAGUUGCUCCGUAUAUAUUGGCAAUUCCGUUCUUGAUCGCUGCAGGCGUGAUUGUUACAUACACUUGGAAUGAGAAUUAUAGUGGACACACAAUUAAGUUUCGGAAAUUGUGUGGUGAAGGUUUCAGAAGCAUUGUGACGGAGGAAAAAAUAUUUAUGUUAGGAGCUAUUGAAUCUCUGUUUGAAAGUGUUAUUUAUAUCAUCAUUUUCUUAUGGACACCCAUUUUAGAACCUACUAAACCUAUGUUUGGUGUUGUAUUUUCCACAUUCAUGAUAAGUAUAUUGACAGGCCAGGCUUUCUUCCAAGUGAUUUCUUUGCGCAAGAAGAUGUCCACAGCCGUUUUACUCUUGAUAUCUAUCUCGAUAGCCUUCUUUUCAAACAUACUGCUAGUAUACUCGACCCAUCCUGGUACUCAUGACUAUGCUCUGUCUUUUUCUGCCUUCGUCGUCUUUGAAAUAGCCGUGGGCAUUUAUUUUCCCGCCAUGGGAUAUCUCCGUUCUAGAAUCAUUCCCGACACGCAUCGCUGGAGCAUCAUGAACUGGUUCCGUGUUCCGAUUAACCUGAUCGCGUGUGCAGUUUUAUUAUUGCUUCAUGAGGAUGUUUUCCGCCAUGGAAACCAAAUGAUCUUUGUGAUUUGUGCAGUUUUGUUAUUCCUGGCUAUUCUUAGUGGUAUCCGAUUUAAGACUCUUACGAAAGACGACGAAAGUUUGACACAAGAGGCAGGCUGGCAGGAAAGUGAUCAUAUUCACAACAUCUUUUGAAGUUCAUAAUGAUACAUAUAAUCGAUAUAAUUAUAAUAACAAUGGAACAUGUUUCAUAUUAAUCAUUGGAUGUUAAUGAAUUUAAAACAUUUCUCACUUACCUAUAUAAUUUUUACACCUCCUGAAUAUUUCACUACUACAUUAGCAAUUUUUCAAAAUAUGUUGUAAGCUUAUUGUAAGGAAUGUAUGCCUGUACGCGUUUGGAGGGUUUAGGGUCCUAUAACUGUUACCAUAGAUGUGCUGUAAAUUGGAUAUAAAAUUUGAAAAUAAAUCAGUUCUUCGCA